AUGUCAACUCAGAGAGAGAGAGAGAGAGAGAAGGCGCAGGACAGUGGAAAGAGAGGGAGCGCGAAAGCGGGCAGGUUUGGCUUUUGCCUCUAUGCAACGAUGUACUCUGUUUCUUACUUCUUCUCUUCUGAUUUCUGGAAACUUAUUCAUUACGUUGGGGCUGGGUUCAGAUGGCAUGCCACCUCCUGCAAUGCUUUGCGGUGGUUUAUGCUUCCUGUGACACGUCUUGGUGCCCAGUGGCUGAUUAUUAUUCUUACCCUCAUGCACAUCAGAUUUACUUGUUAUCUUAUCCAUCCAUUGGAGCAGCACAUAUCGUUUCCUUGUUAUGCUGUAAUAGGUGCUUCCUUUGUCUGA